AUGAAAAUCCAACUUCCCAAAGAUGACAAUUAUAUUUUGAUGCUUAACAAAAUUAGUAAAGAAGAAAAAUUUUUUAUACACAUUUUAUCAACAUGCAAUAAUGAAGCUCUAUUAAAUCACUUAGUUCCAUUUAUUGAGUGGGUGUGGGUUAAAUCGGAUUUGAUUGCAUGGGCUCCAGUAUUAAAUAGAUUUGAUGACUUAUUGCAAAAAUAUAUUCUUCACAAUAAGUUAAACAAAAAAGAAGAAAUUAUUGCGAAUGAAGAAGUUAAUAAUACAAAUAUAGAAAAUAACAAUAUAGAUAUAAACACGAAAUUCUCAGAUAUUUCAUUUAUACCAUCAGAUCAGUUAAUAGAAGAAAUUCUAAGAUUUACUUAUUGUAUAUUAGAUAACUGUCUUAACAAAUCUAAAUAUAAUUCUUUAGACCAUUUAUUAAUAUUAUUAUGGUGUUUUAAUCCCAAAAUAUCAAUUUUAUCAGCUGAAAUUUUGAAUAUAUAUUAUUUAUUUAUAAAAAAAACCAAAAAAAAUGAAAACAAAAUAAACGAAAUAAUAAGCUCUUUAUCAGCAUUAAUAAAUAUUCCAAUCCCUAAUUUUUUACAUCCAUAUAUAAACAUAGAUAUUGGUAAUAUAACUGACAACAAUUAUAUAUCAGGGAUAAUAUUAUAUUAUUUACAUGAUUUUAAUGAUAAAAAAUAUAUGAAUAAUAUUUAUUCUAAAAUAGAAAAUAAACAACUUUUAGAUUUAAUAAAUUAUAAAGAAAUCGAUUUAAAUAAAAUUAUAUUAAAUAUCGAUAACAAUGAUAUUAAGUUUACAUCUAUAUUUCCAAACCAAGUUAGUUAUAAUAAUUCUAAAGAUGUGCUUCAAAAUGCUUAUGAUAAAAUUGUGAAUAAAUAUAAUAUUAAUGAAAAAAAAAAAUUCGAUUUAAGACAUAAGCUAAGAAUAUAUAUAGGAUUAAUAUGCCCAAAAUAUAGAAAACAAAUAUUUAAUCUUAGAUAUUUAAUUAUUUGUGGAUCCUUAUCAAUUAAUUCCAUUUUAUAUACACAAAUUAUUCCUGGUAAUAAUAUUUUCAUACAAGAAAUAUUAUAUAUAUUAAAAUUUCACAAAUUUAUUAAUAACAAAACAUUAUCUAUUAUAUUUGAUUUAUUAACAACUGCUAUUGAAUCACAUAUACAUUAUAAAGUAGUUUCAGACAUAUUAGGUCUAAAAUUGCAUAGUGGUUUAUUUAUUAGUGUUCUUAAAUAUUAUCUUAACUAUUUUUUAUCUCCAUAUAUUAUACAAAAAAAUAUAUGUCCCUUAUAUAUUAUGAGUGAAAAUGAGGAAGAAACUUAUAGUAUAAAUCAUAUUAAUCAGCUAUAUAUAAAUAAAUGGAAAAAUUCCAUGAAUAGUUAUUCCCAGUCAAAAAAUAAUUAUCUUUUCCAAAAUAAUCAAUCCAUUCAAACAAAUAUUUAUGAAUCAGGCCCAGAAAAUAUAUCUAAUAAUAAUUUAAGAAACCCUAUAGAAUCAUAUAAUGAAUUUUCUGAAAAUGGCAUAUCAUCUUCGAUUUUGUCAAAUUUAAAUUCUUCUGAUUUAUCAAUUAUAUCCCAAUCAAGAUCUUUUAUAAAUAGAGAAGUUGGCUCUUUUCUCGAAAAUAAUAAUGUUGCACAAAAUUCAACUCAAUUAACCAAUUCCCACAAUCAUGAAACGUUUAACGUACCAGAACAUGGUCAAUCGAUAUCAGAAACUAACCAAGUUGAAAACAGUGAAUUGGUAAUUAGAAACCAUUUAAAUAAUAUUUUAAAUCCAAAUAAUGGACAAAACACAUCUCACAUUUCUGCUAACAAUGAAAAUAUGAAUUAUGCAAAUGAAGAAAUCAAUGAAAAUUUAUACAAAGAUGAAACUCAUUUUGAAAAUUUUAUAAGCGAAGAUGUAAUAAUAGAUAAUAUAAAAAAAUCCAAAAAAAAUGGGGAAAACGAAUUUAUAAAGAUUACAAAAAAAUAUUUCAAAGAUUAUAAAAAACAAAAAAAAAAUAUAUCAAUGAUGUUACAAUUAUUAACUUUAUAUCAUACAUGUAUAAUGGAACCAUCCCCUAUUUUAACAAUAGCACAACAAAAUACUUUGAAAACAUUUCCUUUAUAUUUACAAGAUAGUUAUACAUUUAACCUACCUAUAGUACAUUUAUUACUAAGAAUAAUGGAAACAUUAUUAGAUUUUACUCCUAAUUUUUAUUUUACUGAAAAAAAUGAAGAUGAGUUAUAUAAAAUAUUAUUGUAUCGUUUUCAAUAUGAAAUAUUUAUGAUAUCAGAUUCUUUUUAUCAUAUGAAUAAAAAUGAAAUGUUAAAAUAUUAUUUCACUCCAUGCUGUUAUGAAAAGUAUGAUCAAACAUUUAUUGAAACAGAAGAAGAAGCAGAUAAAUAUAUACAAAAUAGAUUCAUUAAUCAAUAUAAUAAUAAUUCUAUAAUAAAAGAAAAUAACACUCAAGAUUUAGUAAAUAGUCAUUCCCAACUAUUCACCCCUUGUAAUAAUAUAGAAAUUGAAAUUCAAAAAAAAAGUGAAGAUUUUUUUCAAUCUGAAAUAAAAAGUUAUGAUACCAUAUUUUCUAUAGAUAAUUCAAGCUUAAAAAAUAUUUUUGAAAAAUACGAUAUUAAUAUGAAAAUGUCAGAAGAAAUAAUAUUAAAUAGAUUUACAUUUUGGAUGAAAUUACAUAUAUAUAAUGAAAGAAUAAAAAUUACAAAAAUAAUUAUAAAGGCUUUAAAUUUGGCUUUAAAAGGGUAUUCCCCAACAGAUACAUUAAUUGAUAUAUUUACUAACAAUUAUAUAUCAGUGAAGAUAAUUAAAUAUAUAUUAAAAUAUCCAUAUAAGUUUGGUUUAUGUAUAUAUGGAUAUAUAUUAGGAUUUAUAUAUGAACAUAUUUAUGAAGAUCCAACCAUAUUAUCUACCUUAUUAAAAGAGGGAAUACUAAAUGCUAUGUUAAAUAGUAUAAAUGAUAAAAAUUUAAAAAAUGAAACAGUUUUGAUUUAUGUCCCAUCCCUACUAUCCCUUAUGUUUAUACAUAGUAUUGGAAAAUCUGCUAUGAAAAAAUUGAGUUACAGUCCUAUAUAUAAUUUAUUUCAUUUUGUACUAAAAAAAGAUUAUUUCUUUUAUGAUAGAUUUGGUGAUAUAGCAGUUUCAAUCGGAAAUAUUGCAAACGAGUUAGAAAAUUAUGGAUUUACUAUGAAAGAUUGUGUAACUUUUCAUAUUAUGUUAUUAAAAGAAUUAUAUUUCGAAGGUAUAAAUUUAGGAUACUGGAAAUGUAUAGACUAUAAUUAUAUAGAAAAAUAUGUUGAAAAUUUUUUAAACAAACCAAACGAUAUCAAAUUAAAUGAUUUAAACAUAGAUAAAUAUAAACAUCGUAAAGAUAAUUUCUUUUUCGAUAGACUAUCAAUUGUUUGUAGAUGUAUUUUAUCAUAUAUGAAAGGCUCAUGGGUAAAGGCAUUUAUUAAAUUAAAUGGAUUAAAAAUAUUAAUGUCUUUUACUAAUAUUAUUAGCCUUCCUCCUAAUUAUUUGAAUAUUUUUGAAUAUCAUCCUAUUUAUUCUUUUAUUUUAAAGAUAUAUCUAUACACAUCAUUUAAAAAUAUGUACAAUCAGUUCUUAUACCCCCUAUACAAUUAUACUAACUUUUUACAAUAUGCUCAACACAUUAAUGUAAUUUUUAAUGGUGAACUUUAUUUUGAUUUUGGAGAAAAUAUAGUUAUUGUCAAGGAAUCUGAAAUUAAAAAAUUCGAAAAAAAUAAUAUUAAUAAUAACAAUACAAACACAAAAUUAUAUUUUAAUAAAUCUCAAAACCAUGACUUUUCUCAAACAAAUUUUAUUUCUGGGCCUUUUGUUGAUAGAAACAAAAUGAUUUUACAUUGUAUAACACAUUUAUUUAACAUAUUAUAUUUUUUAAUUGCUGCAUACGCAGAUACAAAAGGGUUAUAUGGUAAUGAAGAUAAAUUAUAUGAAACGACAGAAUUGUCAAAUAGAAAAGUUUUAGAAAUAUUUUCAGAUAUACUUAUAACUAUAGAAAGUGUAUAUGAUUUUUAUUUUAAUUUAUAUUUUUAUCAAACAAGCGAUUUAUCAAAUAAUAUUUUUUUACAAUCUAAAGAUAAAGUAUAUAUACAUGAGCAUAUAAAAAGAAAACUUCGAAUAAACCAAAAUAAAUCAGACUAUUUAUUAUAUAACUUAUUUUGUUCAACUCGUUCAUUAUUUUGUUAUUCAGCAAAUAACAAUGCUUAUGAAUUAAAUAAUAAUCAAAUUAAAACGCAUCUAGUAUAUGACAUGAAUCAAAAUGAUUGCAAAUUAACAGAUCACUUAAAACUAUUAGAAAACGAUGAUAAUGUUUAUAAAGCUAUUUAUAAAUAUACAUUUUCUCAAGUAUUAUUAGAGUUUAAUUCAUUUAAUCAUAAAAAUUGUAAAACCCCUUCAGAGAUUAUUUCACACAAAAAGAAAGAAAAAUCGAAAUUUAAAAAUUACUUUCCUUCCUUCUCAAAUUUAGAAAAUAAAAUUAAGAAAAAUAAUAUAAACAGUGAUUCUAAUAUUAUAUCGACUCAUAAUGAUACCAUUAGAAAUCUAGAAAACAAUCCCAAUUCUUAUACUAAUGAUAUUUCUGAACAUAGUUCAUAUAUUCCACAUGUACAAACAACUGAAAAUAAAAAAUUAACCCAAGAAGAAAUUUUAAAAAUAUAUUAUAUGUGCAUGAAUCAAUCUAACCAAAGCAACAUAAAUGAGAAUGAAAAAAAUACUACAAAACAAAAAAAUGAAAAAUAUAACGAUUAUUAUAUCAAUGAUGAAAAUAUUAACAUGCAUACUAGUUAUCCUUAUCAAUCAAAAUAUGUUAUGUGUGAAUCCUUAAGAUCUUUGCUUGUAAUUAUUAAAAAUUUUUUUGUUAUGUUAAAUGUUUUAUGCCAUUCAAAACAAAUCAAAUUAAAAACCAGUUCCAAUUAUAUAUACUAUAACAUAAUUCAGCAAAAACAUAUAUUAUGUAUUAUUCGAUGUUUAACAAAAUGUAUGUUAAAUGUACCUUUGGUUUCUAAGCCUAUUCAUGAAAAUUCAUGUAUUGGUUCAAACUCUCUAUAUAAUAUAUUAUCUGAUCAUAUAACUUUAGAAAAAAUUAAUUAUUUAGAUAACAAUUGUAGUAGCGAGUGCACUAACUUUUUUACCGGGAAUAUUUAUCCAGAUGGGUCGGAAAGUGCCGUAAAAAAUGAAGGAACAAAUUUUCAAAACAUUAAACAAAAUUUUAAUGUCUAUGAUUAUUCUUAUACACCAUAUAUUAAUUUUCAUACUCAAAAAAUUGACUCAUUUUAUCCAGAAUGUUUUUAUAUGGAAGAUAUAUUAUUUAAAAAAUAUAAUCUCAAUUUUUUUGGAGUUAACGUCGUACCAAAUAAACAUUUUAUGAAUACAGAAAGGUGCAAUGAAGAGACAAAUUUCGACCCCAAUUCAAAUGUGAACAAUUCUGAAAAUUGUAAUUAUAAUAAUACCAGUAUGAAUAGACAAAAGAAUGAUCAUAAUUUCUUAUCACAUCAGAAUCAGUUCGAAUAUAAUCACAACAACAUGGAUCAAUCAAUAAAAACCAAUUCCAAUUAUAAAUUAAGUGACUAUAAUAAAAUUCAUAUAUGCUCAAUAACAUCCGAUUCUUAUAACUCUAGCUCUAUACCCAAUGUUUUAUUUAACGAUAUAAAUAGUAUAAACAAUAUGAGCAAUAUUAAUAUAAAUGCGAAUAUUCAAAACAAUAGUAAUAAGUUUAGCAGAGGAACAGGCAUUGCUAUUAGCCCAAUUAAUGGCUGUAGAAAACAGUCUCUUUUUAACGAUGAUAAUAAUUGUGAUAUAAAUAAUAAUAAACAAUCGGAUAAUAAUAUAAAUAAUCAUAAUGAUUAUAAAAAAUGUUCAAAUGCAAAUAAAAUGGAAAAAGUCAAAAUUAGUAUAAAGAGCUAUACACCUAUAAAAACAGUUAAAUAUAUUUCAGAAUUAAUAAAUACAUUGCAUAAACUAUUAUCAGAUAGUAAAUUAGAGUUUGUUAGUUAUUUUUACUUUUUAGACUUGUUAUAUAAAGUUGGGACAUUUGAUUUUAUUUUUAAUAUGUUUAACUAUUUAAUGAGUGUAUAUAUAUCGAUAUUAGCUAUAUAUUUUAAAAAAAAAAAAAAUGAAAAAAAUCCAAAUUUUUACUCCGAUUUUACAAGUUAUAUACCUAUACAUAUAAGUAAAAAUUAUACAUGUACUAAUACUUAUUUUGUAAGAUAUGUAAUAAGAUUAAUGCACUAUUUUGCAAAAUCGGAUAUAAAUACAAUCAAAACUUAUAUGGAAAUAACUAUAAAAAGUAUAAAUACAUUUUUAGACUUUUUUAUGAAUAUAAUAAGCAUUGGAAAAUUUAAUGUGAUUUUAUUUACUUCAAAAAUGUUACAUCCCUUUACAAGGAUGAAUCAAACAUAUAACAAGCCCAUCAAUAAACAUGAAAAAAAAACAAGUAGUCAAGAUAAUGAUGAUGCUAGUCAAAUUCCACAUUCUUAUUCUAACAAAGAUGACCAUAGUUCAAGCACAAAAAUAAAAUUAAAUGGAUCAAAAGAGUGUGCUAUUACAAUAGAUGAAAAUGGAAAAAAAACUUUAUUUGGUGAUUUUGAUUCCUGUGAAAAAAAUAAUUUUAAUCAAAAUAAAAAUAACACACAAUGUGCCAAUAAUAAACAAAAUUAUAAAAAUAAAAAAGAAGAUGAAAAUAGUAAAAAGGAAGAUGAAAAGAGCAAAAAAUAUGACGAAAGUGACAAAUAUUUUACUUAUAAUAACAAUUUUUUAUUUUCCUUAGAUUAUUUUGAUAUAAUUAAUACAAUUAAAUCAGUGAAAUGUGAUAUAACAAAUAACAUCUUUAUGUGGUUAACAUAUAUUAACAGUACUAGUGUAAAAAUAAAUAAUUUAGGAAAAAAUAAUAUAUAUAUAAAUUUUAACAACAAUAUUAUUUUUGGGUUUUUAAAAAUCAUACUAAAAUUUAUUCACCAUUCCACUGAUACUGAGCAUAAACUUUUAGACUUUUGGGAUAAGGAACAAAUGAAAGAUAAAAAAUUUACAGGAAAUAAAGAAAAAGAUAAAGAACUAUAUAAUUAUCCUAAUAUUGAUAUAUUACAAGAGUUAAAAUUAAUGGGCUUUGAUGAAAAAAAUAUUCAUGAUUCAUUAAAUUGUUCAGGAACAACUGAUUUAUAUUCUACACUAAAUUAUUUAGAUAAAACACGAGAAAAAGAAUGCGCAUCAUCUCAUAAUACAAAUAAAGAAAACAAAAUAUCUUUCUAUUAUGGAUUUGAUGAAAAUAGUAGUGAUGAAAAUUCUACAAGUCAUAAUAGAAAUCGACGAAAUAAUCCAACUGAAGAUACAUUUAGAUUAAAUUCAUUUAUUGAAAAUAUCCAAUCAGUACCAGAAAACAAUGCGAAUAUAAAUCAAAUAGAAAAUGGAAACAAUAUAGAUGGUAUUGAUAAAAAUGACGAAAAAAUGACAGAAACUGAUAAUGGAAAAAAAACUAAGAAAAAAAACGAACAAGAUAGUAAUAUGCUUUAUAAAGAAGAUAAAUAUGUUUUAGGAAAAUAUCCUUUCAUGUAUGAAAUAUUAAAAGAAGCAAAAGAAAAAGGAAAACAUCCAAGACUGCAUUAUUUUGAAACAAUUAUGGAUCCAUACAAUAAAAAAAAUAUGAUUUUCUAUUUACAAUAUUAUUUAAAAUUGUUGAAAAAAAAAAUAUUCCUUUCAUAUAAUGAAAAUAAUAUAAUUAAAAAAUUUUGGAACGAAGAAAAAUAUUUAAUACUUAAACAAUAUAUAUAUAAAUGCAUAUUUAAUAUGCUUAUAAAUAUAAUGAUUACAAUUCCAUAUAAUGAAUUAUCAUUUAUGAACUUAUAUCUAAGUUUCCUAGUUAUAGAUAUUGAUAAAAAAUCGGUUAAACUAUUUUUAGAUCAAUAUAAAAAAACGAUACAUGAUAAAAAUAGUAAUAAAAGUAGAAUAUUUAAUCAUCAAGAUGUUAAAAUUAUUAUUUUAUAUUAUUUUAUUGAAAACAUUUCUAAAAAAAUUAAAAUGCUAAAAAACGAUGAAUCAUUUCCAUUUGAACCAUUUUACCAUUGUAAUCAUUUAUUUAUGUAUUUUAAUAAAAAAAAAAAUAAAAAUGAAAAAAAAAGUGAAAAAAUAAAAAAAGGAGCAUCAGAGCAAACACGAAACUCUCUCAAUAACAUGGCCAAUUCAAAUAACAAUCAAAACAAUCCUAAUACCCCUCGAAAUAUUCUUAUAAAUAAUAUAGAUAUUAACACUCAUUCAACUAAUAAUAAUUUUGUUAGGCCACGAAUAAAUCCAGUAGAUAUACACACACGAACAUUUUUCUCACGAAAUGAAAAUUAUUCACAACAUCAAAUUAGUAGAGAAAACGAUACUGCAAAUGACUCCGAAAAUAUUUCAAAUAAUAUUCAAAUUACUAAUAAUCCUUUAAAUGAAGACAGAAAUGAAAAUAAUCAAAAUAGAAGAAAUAAUUCUGCUGAAAAUGAUCAACAUGGCGAUUAUGAUACAAGCAAUCACAGUGAUGAUAACAUUGCACAAUAUAAUUUACAAAAUAAUAAAAUAAAUAAUGAUGAAAUAAAUAAUCAGCAACAAACUACUAUUACUACAAAUUCAGAUCCAAAUAAACAAACUGAUGGUUUAAAAUCCUUAUUAUAUGGAAUGAAAUAUAUCAAAGGGGACAUAGAUAUAAUAUAUAAAUCUCAAAGAGAUAUGGAAAUAUAUUCUUAUCAUUUCUGUUUGUAUAUGUUAUACUUUACUCUUUUUAAUAUUAUCAAUAAAUAUAGUAUAGCCAAAAAUAUUAUUCUACAUAUAGAUAGAAAUAUUAUAGAUUACUGUAUUUUUUUUAUACAAAAAUUUAAUAUAUCAUAUUUAAAAAAUAUAGAAAAUAGUGUUAAUUACUUUUUAAUAGAAAAAAAUGAAGAAGGAAUAAACAAAAAUGAAUUAUCAAAUAUGCUUCAAAAAAAAACAUUUAACAAUCCACAAAUAUUAAUAAAUAAUGAUACCCUAAAUAAUGUCAGUAAUACAGAAGUAUGCAUAAAUUGUGAUAAUAAUUUAACGAAAAAUAACAAAAAAAAAAGAAAAUACAAUAAAAUGCAUAUAUGUGGCCAACAAGAUGAAAACACAAAUUCUAGUGAAUCUGCUAAACAAAUUAAUAACUCUAUUACUAACAAUGCUAUUCCAAAUAUUAAUGAAAAUGAACAACAGGAACACAUUCCUCAUGAUUCAAUACAUAUUUGCAAUAUCUCAAAUCACACUGGUGAAUAUGUUAACAACAAUAACCAAAUGAACAAAAUAAAUAACAACUCUGUAAAUUUAUACAAUAAUAAUGAAGGUAAUAUAUUAAAAUAUAACGAACAGAUAAAUCAAACAAAUGAAACUAAUAAUAUUGGAGACAAAAAAAUAAAUAUAAUGUAUAAUAAAGGACUAGUUGUAAAUCAAUCUAUCAAAACACAUAAAAUGUUAAUACCCUAUUGGAAUUUUCUAGAUGUAGAUAAUUCUGAAUACAAUCAAAAAGCAGCUAUUAAUAAUUCAUCACUAGAAAAUGAAGAAAAUAAAUUCAUUUCAUUAUACUCAAAACCUCCAUGUUUUUACACACCUUUAUUUAUGUGCUUAUAUAAAAUAAUUAUUAACUAUUCUUUAUAUAAUUUUAAUGAUAAAAAUAAAAAAAUAUUUAAAAAAAAAAAAGAAGAAAAUUUAAACGAAGAAAAAUCAUUUUAUUCAACAACUAUAGGAACAGAUGAUAUUCCUCUCAAAACAGAAAAGCAUUCUAUGAUACAAAAGGAUAACUUACCUUUUACUAAAAUUGAAAAAAUUAACAAUUUGAAUGAUAAAAAAAAUACAAAUAACAAUAUAAUAUUUGAUAUCCCAUUAACUCUAUCAAAUCAGACCAAUGUAAAUAAUAGUGGCAUUAAUAUUUCUCAACAAAUGAAUAUGGAAAACAUAAGAUUUAUCUCUUCAGAAAAGCAACACAAUAUUAUAAAAAUAUGUAUCGAUACAUUACAUUUCUUUAAAGGAUACAAUUCACAGCUUUGUUUAAGUAUAUUGCAAAUUAUCGAAUAUUUAACAACUACUUAUAAUAACGUUGUAUUUUUACUAUCAUAUCGACCUCCAAAUGUGUAUAAACAUUUUAGAGAAGUUUUUGAAAUUGAAGAAAGGAAGAAAACGAAAUUGACAUAUGAUAACAGUUUUACGAAUAGUAGUAAUACUAAUAAUUGUUUUGAAAAAAUAAAUAAAUUUGAGAAUGAAAAUGAUAUAAAAAAUAGCACAGAAUCCGUUUUAACAGAUAUCAAUAAAAUGAAUCAAUUAAAAAAAGAAAAAUAUAUUGAUGCUGAAAAUGAAAAUAGUAGCAAUAAUAUCUCGGAACUUGAUAUCAAUGAAUUAAUAUUACAGAAUAUGUGUCAAAAUAGUUUAGGAAUCCUUCUAACAAUAUCGAAACAUGCAAAAUUCAAAGAUAUGCUCAUUAUACUUAUAAAUAUAUUAAUUCAAUGUUUUACAGACAAUUAUGUAAUAAUGAAUAAAAUUGAAUAUAGCUUGAAAUCUUAUUUCUUAUGUCAUGGAAUACCAGUUAAAUGUUUCAUGAAAAAAAAUGAUUUAAAAUCGAUAAAGAAUAAUGAUUUUAUAAAUGCAUUAGGAGUAUCUUUAACUGAGUUAAAUGAAUCUUUAUAUCCAUUUAUAUUUAAAAAUCCACAAUUAUAUGAAGAAAUAUUAAGUUCCUUAUGUUUCUUUCCAAAUCUAAAAUAUGUUAAAGAUUCCAAAAAAGACAAAUAUGACGAUUUUAUAAAUACUUCAAUUAAUAUUUCAUAUGACUCAAGUAUUUUAGUAAACUCCAAUCUUGAUUCUGGGAAAAAUUUUCAUGAAAAAAAAUCAAAUAUAAAUUAUAUUAAUAAUAGCGAAAUUAUAAACAAUAAUAAUGAAAUUGAGGAUUUGCUUGAAAAAAGUUGUAAAAAUCAAUAUUAUUUAAAUUGUUUGCCAAUACCAGAAAAUAUAAAAUCUAUUUAUAUGCUAUCCGAUAUAGCUAAUAGCACAAAAUGUCUAAAAAAAUAUUAUAUGAAAAACAAUUUUUAUAAUUUUUAUAUAUUAGCAACAUUGAUAGAUUUUCUAAACUUGUUCACUAUUAUUCAAAGUAAAACACGAGUAACAAAAUUAAAUGGAAAAGAACAAAGACUUAAGUUUAAUCAGAAAUUAAUGGAAAUAUAUGGAAAUGAUGUUGAUUUUGAUAAUCAAUUGGAUUAUAAAGUUAUGUAUCCAUUUGCCUUAACUGCUGACAAUUUACUUUUUAUUAUUAAUUUAAUUUUCAAAACGUUUAAACAUUUAAUAAUUUACUUAAUUAAAAUGCCACCAUUUAAUCAAAAAAUUAUUAAAACAUUUAUUCAACCAGAUAAUAGUCCUAUUAAUAAAACAGAAAAUUUAUACAGUGGUGAUAAUACAGCUUUCAACAAUGGAAUUGAAAAAUCAGGUCCCAUGGGAAAUAAUAUGAAUAGUAUCGGAUCCAAGGAUAGCAAAAUUUGUUCGAUUCAGCAAAAUACUACUAAUAUAUUUUUCACAAAAAAUAAAAAUGGGGGUAGCACAUCUAAUAUUAAUAACUUGACCAACAAUAAUAUGAUAACGAAAAAAAACAUUUACGAUAGCAAAACAGAAACAGAAAUAACAGGACCAGAAUCUUUGAAUCACCAUGAUAUGCCUAAUCAUUUAAAUAAAUUAACGCGACCAGAUUCCAUAAACACAUAUAAAGAAAUAUCUGAAUAUUAUUUACAAAAUUAUAUGCAACUAUUUUCUAUUUUUGAUGCAUCUAAAUUAAAUUUUAGAAGUUGUCUAUUUCCAUUUUUUUCUGACAACACAAAUAUAACAGAUAUUAAUAAGCAAUCUAGUAAUGAUAAAAAUAAUAUCAAUCAUUUAGAUCAAACACAAAUAAAUAAUUCUAAUAAUAUAGCUUUUACACCAUUUUUAAUAUUUUUGUUUAAAAGAAUAUUACCUCAAUUUAUUUGUAUGAGUAAUCCCAUUAUAUAUACCCCUUACUCAUUUAGUAAUUUUGAAAAAAAAUUCACAAACAAUAUAGAUGUUUACUAUGCAUCACUAAAUAAUAAUGAAUCUAAAAAUAUGGCAUAUAUAAAACAUAUAUUUAAUUUUAUUCAAUUAAUUUUUGAUAUUCAUAAUUCUAAUUAUGAUAUUCAUAAAAAAGUAGUACUCGAAAUUGUCCAUUUAUUAAAAAUUUAUUCAAAUUUUCAAAAAAAAAAAGAUAUUAUUAAUAAUAAUGCAUUUUCCACAGUAAUGACUGUUUUCUCGAAUGCUAUAAGUUCACUCCUUUUUAAAUUAAUCAACGAAGAUCAAAAUGUUAGAAUUGAAAAAAAUUCAAUAGUAGUUAAAGAUAAACAAGUAUUAACAAAUGCAAAGAACUUAUCAAAACUUUUAGAUUCUCUUGCAAAGGUUGAAAAAAAUACAAAAACCAACAAUGACAAUGAUGAUGAUAAACCUUAUCAAAAUGAAAAAGGAAAUAAUAUUGGAAACAUCAAAAAAGGUACCAUCAAAAAUGUAGGAGGAAAUAAAAAAGGCAAUAGUGGAAAUGGAGAUGAUAAUAAAGAAGAUGAAGAAACAGAAAAAUUAUUUGCAUAUAGUAAAGAACAGUUGGUACUCUUUAGAAACUCAUUAUGUAAUUUAUUAAACAAAUUGGAUUAUGGAAAAGAUGACUUUGUAAAUACAGCAACAUCUAUUAUACGAUCUUUAUCUGUUUUGACAUCAUCGUCCAUUAUGGGAUAUUCUAUUAAAAGUCCAAAUAUAAACUCCCAUAUGAUAAAAUCGAAUAAAAUAAAUAAUGCACAAAAAAAAAAAAAUAAUAAUAAAAUAAAAAGAAAUAAACGAAGAAAAAAUAUUUCCUCUUCUACAUUUUUAAAUCCAUCAUAUAUUAGAUUUAGAUCAGAUUCAAGUAAUGAAAAUUCAGAAGGUUCAGAUAUUUCCUAUUCAGAAGAUUCAGAUGCAUCACAUGGAGAAAAUUUUAUAUUUGAUAAUGAUGAAGACGCUGAAGAUGAUAGCAACAAUGAUGAUGAUGAUAUUCAUUAUGAAUAUGAAGAGGAAAUGGACGAUGAUUAUAUAGAUGAAGAUGAUGAAAUAGAUAUAGACAACGGAGAAGAAGAUACUGAAGAAGAUGAUAAUAAUCAUGCUCAUGAUAGAAAUGAAGAUAUAUUUAAUGAAGGAAAUUAUUAUGACCAAGAGGUUGGAAUAAGUCAUAACAGAAUAAAUCCUAAUUCAGCUCAUGAAAAUAAUAGUGAAAAUCAUAGUAUUGAAGAAAAUAAUUUUGAUGAAGAUGAUGACGAUGAAAUGGAUGAAGAUGAAAUGGAUGAAGAUGAUGAUGACGAAAUUGAAGUUAUCGAUGAAAAUGAUGAAGAUGGAAUGGAUGAAGAUGAUGAAGAUGGAAUGGAUGAAGAUGAUGAAGAUGAAAUGGAUGAAGAUGAUGAUGAUGAUGAUGAAUUGGAUAUUGAUGAUGUAGAUGUAGAUGAAGAAGAAGACGACGACGAUGAUGAAGAUGAAGGAGAGGAAAAUAGUAACGAACAAGAUGAUGAUAAUACUAAUAGAGGCUUACAUGUACAUGCUUAUUUAGUACAAGAUGGUAAUAUAAUAGAUGAAGAUCAAAUAUAUGAUAAUUCUAAUAACUUACUAUUACCUCAUGAAGUAGAUGAAAAUGAAGAAAAUCUAUCAAAUAUGGGAGAUAAUAAUAAUAAUAUAGUAUCCAGAUUAAAUUUAAAUUCUGAUUCUAGUCAUGAUAUAGAUGAUGAACAGAGUGCUCAUAGAAUAAGAGAAAUAGAUGAAACAGAUGAUGAAACCGAAGAAGAUGAUGAUGAUGAAGAAGACGAUGAAGAAGAUGAUGAUGAAGAAGAUGAAGAAGAUGAUGACGAUAUUGACAAUGAUGAUGAAGUGGAUGAUGAUGAAGAAGAGGAAGAAAUCGAUGAAGAAGAUGUUGAAGGAAAUAAUUGCACCUUUAGUAUUAAUCAAAAUGAUGAUAAUGGUAGAUCAAAUAAUAAUAACAUAGAUUCAAUUGACAAUGAAAUACAUGUAGAUAAUUCAUUAUUAAAUUGUAAUGAAAAUCAACAUAAAAUUUUAGAUAUAUUGUUAGAAGAAGAUGGAGCUUAUAACAUUAAUGAUGAUAUAGAUGAAUAUAAUGAUGAUUAUAUUGAUGAUUGCGAACAAAAUAAUAAAAAGCAAAACAUUAUUCCUUCAGGUUUUGUUGAAUCUGUUAGAGAUUCAAAAAAUGACGAAACAAAUAUAAAAACAGAAUUUACAAAUAUAUCCAAUAAUCAUCCAAAUUCUUUAAACAAUGCAGUGGAUCAAGCACAACAUGAUGAUACUUCAAAAGUUAGCAUGUUUUCCAAUUUAGUACAAACUGAUAAAAUAAAUAUUCAUAAUGAAAAUAUUGAUCAUAAUGCAACUAAAAUGAAGAUAGAAAGUGAUAAUAAUAAUAAUAAUAAUGUAAACCAAAAUACCUUAUUCAAUUCUAUCAACAAUAAUACGAUUAUUAAUAAUUCCACAAAUCUAACAAGCGAAAGUAAUCUAAAUAAUAAUAGCCGAUUGAAGGAAGAAAAUAUUCAUCAAAUAAAUCAUGCUAGCAAUGAAAAUGAUGGAAACAUUAUUAAAAUAAACACAGAUAUAUAUAUAUCUGGAGAAAAUGACGAAAAUAAUAUUGGUAACGUAUCGAAUUGUAAUGAAAAUAAAAUAAAUGAUGAGGAAGAUAUUAUAGAUGUAAUACCAAAAACAAAUGAUAAUUCAUCAAAUAAUAAUAAUAAUAGUAAUAAUAAUAACGAAUAUGAUAUUAACUUAAUCGAUUUAUAUUAUCAUUUUUACAAUUAUAAUAACAGAGAUAUUAACACAUUACUAAGUGAAAAUAAUAGUAUAAUGUAUCUAAAUGAAACUGGAAGAAUACAUUCAACAUGUGAAAAAAAUACAAAUAAUUUAAUCACUACAGAAAAUCAACAAAAUGAAGUUGUUUCAAAUGAUAACGCUCCUAAUACAUCACCCAUUGUCGAAAUUCCUGUCACAGAAAACAUAAUAGAGCGUAGAACCCUGAAUACUAAUAAUAAUAUUCCAACCCGAAUAAACAAUUCACCAAUUGCCAGUACCAAUAUACUCAGUUUAAUGAAUCAAUUAUGUUCUAAUCUAUUAACUAUUAAUAGAAGACGAAAUGAUCCAUUAAAUAAUGCAAUAACCACAACUUUGCAUUUGCCAGAUGGGGUGAGAAAUAAUAGCAUCAUAAGUAAUGCCAAUAGAUUUGAUAUAAGCACAAAUAUGAUUAAUGGAAAUAAUGGACCAAAUCAAAGCGGAUUAACCUAUUAUCAUAUCAAUUAUGAUAGAAUAAAUAGCAUCAUGACACAAAAUCCUUUUAACAAUUUAUCAAAUAAUAGACAAAAUAUAAACAAUACUAAUACAAACAAUAAUUAUAUAAACAAUACUAAUAAUAAUCUAAGAAAUUUGUAUAAUAAUAUUAGAAAUUACAAUAUAAGUGAUAAUAAUUUACCUUCUAUUAGAAGCUUAAAUUAUUCGAAUGUACGAAAUUUUAGAAACAUUUCUUGUAUUGAAGAUGAUACUUCAGUUAAUGACAACAAUGAUGUGGUAAAAUAUGGUUCUAAUAUUUCUCAAGUUAACGAAACCGAUGAAAAUACUAGAAUUAAUGGCGAUGCUAUUAGAACUAUCCCAAUAACUGAACCCACAGAUACAGAAAAUCAAAUGGAAAACGUCUGUUCUACUAAUAAUAUUGAUUCGAAUGCAAUAGAUAUUACAAAGCAAUGUGAAAACAAUAACGUGAACAAAAAUAAAAAUACAAAGAAUGCAUCUGAUAUUGAUGAUAAUGAACAAAAUUAUAAAGACGAUAAAAAAGAAGACACAAAUAAAAAAGAUUCUAAAAAGGGAGAAAAGUUUACUUUGAUUGAUUCAAUUUUAGAUAAUGACAAAAAAUUAAAAAGUGACAUCUGCAAUAUAAUGUAUAAUAGAUUGUGCAAAUCAGUUCCAAAAGUUAACAUUAAUUUGCCAUUUGAAAAUUUAGUAGAGGAAAAAAAUAAAAUUAUAGACAAAAUUCAAAAGUGUAUAGAAGAAAAAAAGAAAAAGAAAAAUGAACUUGCAAUAGAUAUUAAAAAGAACAAACUAAAUGAUGAAGAAUCAGCUAAAGUUGAUGAUGUAAAAUCAGAUAUAAAACUUGAAGAGGAUCCUAAUGGCGAUAAUAUCGGAAAAGUUACUAAUUCACAAACCGAUGCAACACUCAAUACGGCUGCCAAUAAUGUCAAUGAAAUAAUGGAACAAACAAAAAAACAGUUAAACGACGAAGCGCAAAGCAACCAAGAUAAUGUAAAUGAAUCACCAAUUAGAAAUAUAUUAGAUAGUAUAGAUGACUCAGAACAUGCAGGAAACAGUAGUAUACCAUUUAAUUUAGAAUCACAAACAAACAACGAAAAUAUUCUAAACACAAAUGACAUAAAUAAUUGUAAUAUGAAUGAAAAUGAUGCAUAUAUAGAAGUCGCGCCAGAAGAAGAAGACCCAGAGGAUUAUAAAAAUAUAAAUUAUGAUGAACUAUUCGAUAGAAUUCUAAAAAUUGAAUCUAUAUUUAUAAUUUGUUGUUCUUUAGGAAUAAAUGAAAAACAAUUUUUUGAAAUUUUAAAUGUUGAUAGAGCAUUUCUUGUUGAACUUCCAACUAAUUUGAUAGAAGAAAUAAUAUUUCAACAUUUGAAAAAUAUAACUUUAAAUAAAAUAAUUGAAAAAGAACAAGAAAAUAUAAGUAACGCCAAAAAAAUAUCAAUACAAACAUAUAAAAAAUAUCUAAAGUAUAAAGAAUUUAUAAAAAAUCAAGAACAAUCUUCCAAUGUAUUAUCAGAAAACCAAUCUAACGAUAUGACGACUAUCCACGAUGAAACCAGUAAUACUUUACCAACUAGCGAAGCAAAUGGUGAAACGAAUAAAGAACACGAUGAUAAUGUACGGAUCUAUAAUAGCAUCAAAAAAAGCUAUCUCGACGCAUUAUCUUCAAGUGUUAGAUCAGAAAUAAAAAAAAGAAUUAUCGGAAAUAAAGGCCAAAGAGCAGAUGCUCAAGAUGAAACAAAUAUAGCUUUUAUAGAAUCAUUAACUUCAGAUUUAAGGAGAGAUGUUUUAUCCUCAGCAAGUUUGAGAUUUAUAAGGACAUUGACAGCAGAAAUGAUUGAAGAAUCUAGAAAUUUAAGAUUUUCAACAUUGAAUAAUAGAUACACUAGUAUUUUAAAUGCAAAUAAUCGACCAGGAAACACCAACCAAUCUAAUGAGCAUAGCGAUUCUCGUGUUCAUGUGCAAUCUAACAAUGGAAAUGCAGAAAAUAACGAGCAUAAUGAAAAUGGUGAAAAUAAUGAAAAUAACGAUAACGAUGAAAAUGAUGAAAAUGAUGAAAAUGAUGAAAAUGAUGAAAAUGAUGAAAAUGCUAUGAUUACUAUAGGAAAUGGAAGCAAUACAUUAAACAGAGAUGAAAACGAUGGCGUAGUUGCUAUAAAUAGUGAUCAAAAUGAUGGAGAUGAAAAUGAUGGAGAUGAAAAUGAUGGAGAUACUAUUGUCAUAAAUGAUAUGAGAAAUGUGUCUAUCUCCAGUAGAUUAAGUAGAAGGGAAAAUAUCCAGGGUAGAAUAGCAAGCUCGGUUUUCAUAAAUGCACCUUCGAAUUUAAACGCUCAUCCAAAUAAUAAUUUUAAUGGUUUAAACGGAAUAAGCAGCAUACUAAUUAGUAGUAAUGAUAGAAGCCCAAGAAGCAAUCGAAAUAUUUUUUUUCCUGGAAACAGAAAUGGUUUAAGUAGUAGGCGAAGAUUCAAUAUUCCAAUAAGAAAUCCUUUACCAAAUAUGAAUAGAAAUCAUUUUAUCAGAAUAACUUAUAAUGAUAAUAAUAAUCCAAUUAUUAUGAUAAAUACAGGACAUGAAAAUUAUGAUAGUAUAGCAGUUUCGAGAUUUCUUGAUAACUUUUUAGGUUCGAGAUCAUCUGAUAUAUCUAUUCCGGGUAUAGGCUUAGGAUCAAAUAAUAAUAUUAGAGACAAUUUUAUACCAAUCUCAAGUUCAAUUAAUGUAAAUGAUAACAAUGAUAUAAAUAAUAACACAAAUAAUGAUAAUGAUCGAAGUAGCAACAAUAAUAAUAAUGAAAUACACAGAAUAACAAAUGCAAAUAUAACAAGUAAUGGAAAUAAUUUUAACUUUAACUAUGGUGAUAAUAAUAAUAUUAAUCAGCCCAGGCAAUUAAGAAGAAAUGAUAAUAGAACAAAUAACAAUAAUACUAAUAAUGUUGAUCAUAAUUAUCACAUAAUGAGUGAUGAUAAGUUAUUAGAAAAAGAAGAUAAUGCCUCUCUCAGUAAAUAUUUAAAAAAUAUAUUCCCAUCAAAUAAUAACAAACCAAAUGUUGACAAAGAAAAUGAUACUGCUUUAUAUGUAUGCUUAGAAGAACCCGUUCCUUCUCAAGCUUUAAUUGACAUAUGUAGAUUAUUAUUUUUAAAAAAAGAAAUAAAUAAAAAAAUUAUGUUUACACUAUUUUGUAAUUUAAUAUGUUCUUAUCAAAAAACAAAAUUAUAUACACUUCAAUUAUUUAUGAAUAUAUUAUGGUCUGCAUCUAUAGAUUUGCAUGGGAAACAAGAUUCUCCAAAUUAUAUAGCACUAUCAAAUAUAAUUAAUUUCCCACCAAAAAUGUUAUAUCAAAAUGUAAAUAAAAAAACAUUAGGAUUAUUUUCAGAUAAUUAUUUUACUACAGCUUAUAUAUCAGCAGAAAGAGUUUUAGAACAAGUUCAAUCCUUGCUCAUAACUAUUCCACAUAUCACAUCAUUUUUUUCUAUGGAAUUAAUACAUCCGGCUUUGUUUAUACCAAAAGAAAUUGAACAAAAAAUAAAAAAGAAAAAGCAAAAAGCAAACGAUGGAAAAAAGGGAAAUGGUGAUGGAUGUAGAUCAUUUUUUGACGAACUAAAAAAAAAAAGAGGCAAAUUAGAGUUAGAUAAAUUUGAAGAAAUAGAAGAUACUCGAUUAAACGAAUAUAACGAAAAUAAUAAAUUAUAUUUUGCAUCAGAUAAAAAUAAUGAACAAAAAGAACAAGAAAAUAUUCCAGAUGAUGAAACAGCUAUAUUGCAAUACGAAUUGAAAAGAAAACGCCCCAAAAUGGAAACAACAAAAAAUGUUAGCACAAUAUCUACAAAUAACAUUAAUAAAAGUGAUAAUAUAAAUAUGGACAUAUCAAACAAUGAUUAUCCUAUAAAUAUAUUAUUUAAAUUAUUAGAUUCUUCUUUAUAUUUAACUUCGAAAAAAUUAAUAAGUCAUUUAUUAUUAGUCAUAUAUAACAUUUUAAUCAAUUCUGCAAAAAAAGAACAUGCAUAUGCAAACUUUACAAAGUGGAUAUAUGCGGAAAAUCUACAAUAUAUAAUUAACAAUGAAGAAGAACACAUACAAAAUGAUAGUUCAGAUGCUAACAUAAAUAUAUCCGACAUAGUAUCUGGCAAUACAAAUGAAAAAAAUGAAAACGAUGAUAACCAUAUAAAGGAUAAUCAAAGCAAUGAAGAAAAUAAUGAAGGAAAUAUUUCUACGUCAUCAAAUAGGGAUAAAAAAGAAAAAGAGAAAAAUACAAACUUAAAUGAAUUUUAUCAUAAUAAUAAUACAGCAUCAAAAAUUAAUAAAGAACUAUUAUUAAAUAUAAAAAAUAUAAAACCAAAUAAAAUUGAAAAAAAUGAUUACACAUUAAAACCAUAUUAUUUAUUAGAAGUUAUAUCAAUAAAUGCAAUAUCAAAUUUAAGUAAAUUAAUAUGCAAUUAUAAAACGAACUUUUUAUGGAUAAAUAGUAAUAAUAAUUUAGAUCAAGUACAUAAACAAGAUAUUUCAUUAUUAUUACAAAUUGCUGUCAUAUUUUUUUCACAUUAUAAAUUAAAACGACUAAUUAUACAAACAUUAAAAUAUCAUGCACAUAUAUUAAUAAAAAGAAUCAUAUAUGAUUUAAAUAAAAUUGCACAUUCUAUUAAUAAUAAAACAUUCAACUUAUAUUCGAUUGAUCAUUCAGAUAGUUUAGAACAAAAGCUAAUUGCAUUAUACAGGGUUAUUACAAUAUUGUUUAAUGCACCUUCUGUAAUUGACAGUUUAAUGACCAAAAAACAAAAAAAAAAUAUUGCAAAACCUAAUAGUGAAAAUGAAAACCCUAAAUUGGAUAAUUCAGCAGAUUCUAGUUCUCAAAAUAAUAUCCAAGCAUCCAACAAUGAUGUUUCUAAUAUUGGAAAUGAUAACGUUGAAAUUAAGCAUGCUACCUCGGAAUCAAACAAAAAAACCCAACUCGAAAAUAAUGAUACUACUAUUACUAAUGAACAUGAACAUGAAAAUAAUAAAAUAAAUGAAGAAUCGAAAUUUGAUAUAUGUGCCGAUUUUUUCCUUUCAAUUAAUAUUGAUCUAUUAUGGGAAGAAUUUAAUAAAACGAUGCAGGUUAUAAAUAAUUCAUUAAUUGACAAAAAUUAUAAAUUUAAAUGUAAUAGUAAUGAAACACAAUGGUUAAAUAAUAAUAGCAAAACAAAAAAUGAAGACUUCAAAACUACUGAGAUAAAUAACAAAGACCCUCAAAAUAACAAUUUUAACCAUUCUGAUAAAAAUACAUUUUUACAUAAUAGUUUGGAUAACAAUGUAAUGAAACAUGAACAAGAUAAUAACUUGUCUUUAUUCGAUUCAGAUUCUCAAAAUAGCUCUAAAAAUGAUGAUAAUGAAGUUAUAAACAAUACUACACAAUUAAAUUCGCAAACAUAUGCACAAAAUGCAGAGUUAGAAAAUUAUGAAAGAAAUGAAAAUGAUCAAAAUAUUGAACAAGAUGAUGAAAAAAAAAAAGAAAAUAGUGAUGAACCACCUCCAACUAUAUUAAACUAUUUAUUACCUUUGAUGGAAGCAUAUUUAUUUAUAGAAGAAGUUAUACUUGUUUCCCAAUAUAAAUUACGAAAAUUUAAAGAUUUAGAAAAAAAAGUAUCUAACUUAAAUAUCGAAAGUAUAAAAAUAAAUGAAAAACUGGCUUAUGAAGAUUAUCCAUUUUAUAUAAGUAUAUAUAAUAAAAAGAAAAUGAAACAAGAUGAAUACCAUAUGAACGAAUUGGAAAUAUUUAAAGAAAAUUAUUAUGAAGAAAAAGAACAAGACGAAAAUAACGAAUACAUACAAAUACAAAUCGAAGAUAAAGGGCAGAUAAGUAAUAGACAUAAAAAAUUAAUACAAUUUGUAUAUAUAAAUAGAAGAGUUAUUAACAGUCUAAUAAAACAAACACCAAUAUUAUUACACCAUAACUUUAAAUCAUUGAUAAAAUUAACUUCAUCAUGUAUAAAUUUUGAAAAUAAAAGACUAUAUUUACGAAAAAAAUUAAAAUAUUUAAAAUCAGGGGCUCGAACUGAACCAAUCAAAUUAAAUAUAAGAAGAGAAAAGGUAUUUACAGAUUCAUAUUAUCAAUUAAGAAAUAAAUCAGGUAAUGAUUUAAAGGGUAAAUUAGUAGUUACAUUUAAAAAUGAAGAAGGUGUAGAUGCAGGAGGAUUAACAAGAGAAUGGUAUUCAAUUUUAGCCAAAGAAAUAUUUAAUCCUAAUUAUGCUUUAUUUUGUAGAGAAGGAGAAAAAUCUGAAUUUAAUCAUCCAAAUCCCUUAUCAUAUAUUAAUCCAGAUCAUUUACAUUUCUUUAAAUUUGUUGGGAAAUUUAUUGCUAAAGCUAUAUAUGAUGGCCAAGUCAUUGAUGCUUAUUUUUGUAGAUCUUUUUAUAAACAUAUGCUUGGAAGAAAAAUAUUACCAGCAGAUGCUGAAUCAGUAGAUCCCGAAUUUUAUAAAAGCUUAAUACAAAUAUCACAAUAUAAAUUAGAAGAUUUAAAUUUAGAAAUUAAUUUUAGUACUGAAAUAGAUGAAUUUGGUAAAACAAAAAUUAUAGACCUAAUACCUAAUGGAAGAAAUAUACCGGUAACAGAUGAAAAUAAACAUAAAUAUAUUGAAUUAUUAUGUGAACUAAAAGUUACAAAUAGUAUAAAAGAACAAUUAGAAGCAUUUAUGGAUGGAUUCAAAGAGCUAAUACAGCCUAAACUUAUAUCUAUAUUUGAUGACAAAGAAUUAGAACUAUUAAUUAGUGGUAUACCAACUAUAGAUUUAAAUGAUUUAAAAGAAAAUGUAGAAUAUCAUAAUUACACACCUAAUUCUAUUCAAAUUAUUUGGUUAUGGGAAGUAUUAGAAGAAUUUGAUGAAAAUAAAAAAGCAUCAUUUUUGCAAUUUGUUACUGGAACAAGUAGAGUACCUUUAGGCGGAUUUAAAAAUCUAAUGGGAAUGAGAGGAGAGCAAAAAAUGAUUAUAUAUAAAGCAUAUGGAGAAGAUAGAUUGCCAACUGCCCACACUUGUUUUAAUCAACUCGAUUUACCAGAAUAUUCUUCCAAAGAAUGUCUAAGAAGUAAAUUAAUAAGAGCCAUUAUGGAGGGAAAAGAGGGUUUUGGAUUUAUAUAA